AUGACCGUUACACUCUUCAUCUUUCUCCUCUUCUUCUUUCGCCCUGUCGUAUCUCUCUCCUCCGACGGCAUCGCGCUUCUCACUCUAAAAUCGGCGGUGGAUGCAUCCGGCGCCGCAGCGUUCUCCGACUGGAAUGACGCCGACGCCACGCCGUGUCGGUGGUCCGGCAUCACGUGCACGAACAUCUCCGGCCAGACGGAGCCGCGCGUCGUCGGCGUCGCGCUCUCCGGUAAGGGUCUCCGCGGCUACCUCCCGUCGGAGCUCGGUACGCUGCUCUACCUCCGUCGUCUCAACCUCCACACCAACGCCCUCAGCGGCGCCAUCCCGGCGCAGCUCUUCAACGCCACAGCACUCCACAGCGUAUUCCUCCACGGUAACAACCUCUCUGGCUCCCUACCUCCCUCCGUUUUCACCCUCCCUCGCCUCGAAAACCUCGACCUCUCCGAUAAUUCCCUCUCCGGCGCCUUCCCCGACACGCUCCGAAACUGUUCCCAGCUCCAGCGACUAGUCCUAGCCCGGAACAAAUUCUCCGGCGCCAUUCCGGCGAGUCCCUGGCCGGAACUGAAAAACCUUGUCCAGCUCGACCUGUCAUCGAACCUUCUUGAAGGUUCGAUUCCGGACCAACUCGGUGAGCUUAAAACCCUGUCCGGAACCCUAAACCUCUCGUUCAAUCAUUUAUCUGGUAAAAUUCCAAAAUCUCUAGGGAAUUUGCCUGUUACCGUGAGUUUCGAUCUUCGGAACAAUGAUUUGAGCGGUGAGAUUCCCCAGACGGGGUCGUUUUCGAACCAGGGCCCCACCGCGUUUCUCAACAAUCCGAACCUAUGCGGGUUUCCUUUGCAGAACCCAUGCGCAGGUUCGGCACCGAGCGAACUGGGCCGUGGUCCCAGUUCUCGUGGACCGGCGGCGCACCGAUCUGAGAAGGGGCUGAGCCCCGGUUUGAUUGUUUUGAUCUCGGUGGCGGAUGCUGCCGGAGUGGCCUUGAUUGGGCUUGUGCUGGUGUAUGUUUAUUGGAAGAGGAAGGGCAAGUCCAAUGGGUGUAGUUGUACUUUGAAGAGGAAGUUUGGUGGGGAGAAUGAGAAAGCUAGUUUGUGUUGUUGGUGUAAUGGGGUGAAGAGUGAUGAUUCUGAGCUGGAGGAUGGGGAGAAGAGAGAGGGGGAGGGAGGGAAAGGUGAAGGGGAGUUGGUGGCCAUUGAUAAGGGUUUUAAUUUCGAGCUUGAUGAGUUGUUGAGGGCUUCGGCUUAUGUGUUGGGAAAGAGUGGGUUGGGGAUUGUGUAUAAGGUGGUCCUGGGAAAUGGGGUACCUGUGGCUGUGAGGAGAUUGGGGGAGGGUGGGGAACAGAGGUAUAAGGAGUUUGCUGCUGAGGUUCAAGCCAUUGGCAAAGUGAAGCAUCCCAACAUUGUGAAGUUGAGAGCAUAUUAUUGGGCUCCUGAUGAAAAGCUUUUGAUCAGUGAUUUCAUCUCCAAUGGCAAUUUGGCCACUGCCCUUAGAGGAAGAAAUGGUCAACCAUCUCCGAAUUUUUCAUGGACAAACAGGCUAAAGAUCAUCAGAGGAACAGCCAGGGGUUUGGCCUAUCUCCAUGAAUGCAGUCCAAGAAAAUUUGUUCAUGGUGACAUCAAACCUUCCAACAUCCUCCUUGACACAGACUUCCAACCCCACAUUUCUGAUUUUGGUCUUAACAGACUGAUCAGCAUAACAGGUAACAACCCAUCCUCUGGUGGCUUUAUGGGAGGAGCUCUUCCUUACUUGAAGUCAUCACAAACAGAGCGAACUAACAACUACAAAGCCCCAGAGGCUCGAGUUCCCGGUUGCAGACCCACCCAGAAAUGGGAUGUAUAUUCAUUUGGAGUAGUAUUACUUGAAUUGCUUACUGGAAAGUCCCCAGAUUCUUCUCCGGCCACAUCGACUUCCAUUGAAGUCCUGGACUUGGUGAGGUGGGUUAGGAAAGGGUUUGAACAAGAAAGUCCACUGUCUGAAAUGGUUGAUCCGUCGAUGCUCCAUGAAGUGCAUGCCAAGAAAGAGGUAUUAGCUGUGUUUCAUGUGGCACUGCAAUGCACUGAGGGAGAUCCUGAGGUCAGGCCUAGAAUGAAAACCGUCUCUGAAAAUCUUGAAAGAAUUGGAUGA